CGUUCACCGUCCAGUACUCCAGAUUCUCUACAUUCCUUCCGUGGUCCAAGCCUCCGGAGACAAGGUCGAUGAUGUACAAGGACUCCUUGACGGCUUGUGGAUCAGGACGCCCCACGGAUUGUUCAUCAAUUGUGGGUUCUCAGCAGCGCAUGACCGUGUCGAAAGGCACCGGUGUCCGCCGCCGAGAGAGGACCAAGCGCUGUUGAAGCACGUGAAUCUGUCUAUGUUGCUUGUCCGUUGAUUUCCACAAGCCAGCGUCCCUCAUUUGCUGUUUUCGAUUACGAAUAAGAAUCAAGAGCCAGCUGGGCUGGGCUUCAUCUCCACAAUGUCGUCAAAGACGGACGGGGCGCAUCCCAUUCGAACAAGCUGGUUGCAUUCGACACGCUCCCUCAUGGUCAUUUCCUUCCUCUUUCACCUUCUCUACACUUACUCCGUAUGCGACAUAUACUUUACCUCCCCUGUUGUGCACCCGAUUCGUCGUUUCACCUUGAAUGACACUUACAUCAUAGCACCCUCAUCACUCGCCGAAUAUGAAAAAGCCGGCGGGGUAUUGGAGUUGGCUAUGGUGCCUGUCCUCAGCUUCAAGCAUCCGUCAGCUCCAAUGCCGUUGCAAGAUGGGCGACCUCUCAUUUUCGAAAAGGGAGAAGAAGUCGAGGCAGAACUUCAGGAAGGGCUAGAAGCUUUGAAUUAUGGUCAAGGAAAGAAAAAUGAAAGCUCACUUUGGCACGAUCACGAUUCAUCGUCUCAAACUACACUCUCCGAGCUUGGCGCAGAAGGCAAACAGGAGCAGAAAGCAUUAGAAAUGGAAGAAGUUCAAAUGGGCGGAUUCAUGGGCCUAGAGCGAUAUAGGCAGUGGAAGUCCCCUGCCGACCGGCUAGUCCUCAUCGUCGGCGACGGACUUAGAGCCGACACUUUGUUCAAGAAACACCCAUGGCACAUGUUGCCUGCUUGGGCGCAACAAGACCUUUUGCGACAGUCCAACAACGGAGAGGCGGGAGACUUCAACCUUCAGUACAACAGUGCCCUUUCACCGUUCAAGAACGAUACUGCGAUCGCUUUUGGAGAUGCGAACAGCGAAACGCUCAAAACUUUACAAGGAACAUUACAUCCCGCUGCUCCGUUCCUGCACCAUGUUGCAAUCAAUCGAGGUCCAUUUGGCGUGUCGCACACGCGCGUACCAACUGAGUCGCGGCCGGGGCACGUUGCUCUGAUCGCCGGAAUGUACGAGGACGUCAGCGCCGUCACCAAAGGCUGGAAGCUCAAUCCGGUUCAAUUUGAUUCAGUCUUCAAUCAGAGUACGCAGACGUGGGCGUUCGGUAGCCCGGAUAUUUUGCCAAUGUUUGCCAAAGGUGUGGCAAAGGAGAGGGUAUGGAUGGAAACUUACAGCGAGGAUGAGGAGGACUUUACUAAGGAUGCGACAAACCUGGACCUCUGGGUGCUUGGUCACCUAGAAGAGCUCUUCUCCCACGCCCAAGCUGACAAACAAUUGAAGGAGCGCCUGCACCAACCUGGCACAAUUUUCUUCCUUCAUCUUCUCGGUCUUGACACAACAGGACACACCUACCGUCCACAUUCGACAGAGUACGUCGGCAACACAAUCGUCGUCGAUGCCAUUGCCGCGCGGGUUGAAGCGCUCUUCGAUGAAUUCUAUGACCACGACAAUAGGACGGCGUACGUCUUCACCGCCGACCAUGGCAUGAGCACCAAAGGCAACCACGGCGAUGGAGACCCGGACAACACGCGCACGCCACUCAUCGCGUGGGGAUCUGGCGUGGCACGCCCAACGAAGCUCGAUGCAGCCGACAAACAGAGACAGAUGAGGAAGGCUGAUGCGGAGCAAGAUGCGUACUACAGCCACUGGGUGGUGGGUGACGUCAAACGCAACGACGUAGAUCAAGCGGAUGUAGCGUCUUUGAUUGCAUCGCUCAUAGGUGCCCCAUUUCCCGGCAACUUGGAAGGCCACCUUCCAUUGCCUUACCUGAACGUCAGCGAUGAGCACAUCGUCCGAGCUUUGUUGGCGAACACGCUACAGGUACUCGAAGUGUACCGCACAAAGCAUGAGGCACGCUCAAAGCGCAUGAUCAAUUACAUCCCAUUUGAAUCGUUGGACAAGGACGAAGAGGAUGACCUGCCCGGCGAACAACUUGUUCACGAAGCCAAAUAUCUUGUCGCCAUCGGUGAUUUACAUGAAGCGGUCGAGCGUAUCGAUGAGCUCUUCCGACUCGCUUUAGAAGGCAACAGAUACUUGCAGACGUAUGACUGGCUGCUUCUCUGCACCAUCAUCACCCUCGGCUACUUGGGCUCGAUUCUCUACGGCAUUUCCUUCCUUCUGCAGCGAUACUUUCUCUCCCCCGAGCAUCCCACCCUUGCUUUGUACAGACCUCAAGGCUCUGGUUCUGACCCGAGCGUCCUCAGCCUUGGGAAGCUUAUCUGCGUACCAAUAUUUGGGGCACUAUGUGCGAAAUUUACUGCAGAAGGCUCGCCACUCACUUACUACGUGUACGCAGUCUUUCCAGCGUUAUUCUGGACACGAGUUAUCGAUGAACGCGCGGUUUUUGUUGCCGCUUGGCGCGCAAGUCGAAAUCCGACUACUAGCACCCAAGCUGUUCCGGGUCCAGCUGAGAACAAGGAAGGUGGAGCGACAGUGGGCGGACUGCUAGCCUACAUCAUUUGCUCUCUCGCCCUUUUGGAGCUCAUCGUCGUCGGAUACCUCAACAGGGUGGCAUGGACCAUUGGGUUUCUCGUACUUGGAACCGUGUGGCCAAUAGUCGGCAUCACUAAGCCCAUGCGCCAGGAACACCCCAAAACCAUCCUCGCCUGGAUGGCUGUCUGCUUUCUUAAUGGUAUGUUCACCGUUAACAGUCUUGACAAAGAAGAAAGCAUACAAGUUCUCAUUAUUACCGGCAUGGCAUUCUUGAUGGGCGGCAUGUAUGUCUUGAGCAACGCAAAUGCGUUGCUUGGAUGCGGCACAAGCGCUGAAGGGUUGCAACGGACCGUACGCACGAUUCAAAUUGAGCUUGGAGUGCUAUGUGCCGCAACGAUCGUAACAACCGUCUCUGCGUACAGCCUCCAAUCGAAGCGUGGCCUGCCUUUAGCCAGCCAAGUCGGCGGCUGGCUGGUCCUUGCUUUCUGCCUAACUUUCCCUUUCGCUUAUGGGCUCCGUGUGGACAAAAAAUCCGGCAACCACCAGCCGCCAGUGCAGCGUAUUGCGAUUACGAUAUUUGCUUUUGCGCCCCUUUUCAUUCUGCUAUCGAUACGAGACGAAGCCCUCUUCUUUGGCUCCUUCGCCCUUCUCCUCGCAGCUUGGACGAGAAUAGAAGGCCUCCUGUAUGCUGAGAGAGCCGGUACAAGUGGCGGUAGCAGGGGACCGCGGCUGCUUGCAAAGGAAGAUGUGCGAAUCGCCCUCUUCUUUUUGUUCUUCUUGCACGUCGCAUUCUUUGGCACAGGGAAUAUCGCUUCGAUAUCCUCGUUCUACCUGUCGCCCGUUUACCGCUUGGUACCUGUCUUCAGCCCCUUUUUGAUGGCGGCACUUCUCAUCCUCAAGAUCAUGGUCCCCUUCUUGAUUCUGUGCUCCGCCUUCCAAGUACUCUGCGUGUCGCCACAGGCCAACAAAGCACAGAAGAGCAAGGCAGUUGAAGCAAAAGCGCAGGACACAACUGGUGAUUUUGUACAGAUCGCAGGGUUAGGGCUCGCCGAUGCGUCACCCUUGGUUCUGUCUGCUUGCAUCGCUACAGACGUCCUCGCGCUGAAUUUCCUCUAUGCGGUCCGGGACACUGGUAGUUGGUUGGAGAUCGGGCAGACAAUUACACACUUCGCCAUGGCGAACCUGCUACAAGUCUUCAUGCUCGGCCUCACCGCCUUGAGUGCCGCAUUCAUCGGAAGUUUGGAGCAAGUCUGACACAUUAAAAUCUGAUUCUGGGAGUCAUCCUGCAGAUCGUAAUGCAUAUUUGGCGUGCU